GUUGCCUGUGCGUAAUUCAUUCUGCAACUCUCUGUCCCCGUUUCUUUUCCGUAAAGAGGGCCGGUCUCAACUGACAAAGUUUCAGAUGUGGCUGUAACCCCAGUCCUGCUCUCAGGCGUAAAGAUCGCAAGAUAGAAUAGGUCUGAGUUUACCAUUCAGAUAUCCAUUUCUCUGAGCCAACAGUCUCCUCCGCCACCUCCGAGUCUCCCGCCCCCAUCCCGGAGAAAAAGAAAAUCACUGUUUGAUUUAUAUCUUAGCUUCUCCGGGUCAGAGGGUCCCGAAGCUUGCAGCGGGUAUCCAGAGCUGGGCGCUAAGGUCAGAUCUAGAUUUUCCCCCAGAAGCUAGUACAAAGUGAAAGAAAGAGGGAAAGUGCACCAUAACCGGAAACUAGAUUUGACUUUGGGAGUGAAAGACGCAUUUAAUCUAGAGAUUUUCCCCGCCAUUGCGGUUUAGCCCCACAUCACCACUACCCACCCAACAGGUUUGCAAACCCGGCCUCAAGCCUAGGGAACUUGAGACCCGUGCAUCUAGGAGAGGACAGUCUAGUGCAAGAAGUCACAGGGUUACAAACCGGACUUGCUCUCACGCAGCGCUGGAGCCGGCAGCGGCUUGCGCGCGUGUUGACUACGGCGCACAGUCGGUCUGCGGUGCCUUCCACCCGCCAGCACCGGGCUGUUCUCUUAAUGAAUUACUAAUGAGUUAAAAUUGGGCAGCAGGCUUAAUUAAAGCGUAGAGGCAAUGUGUUUACCACAUUGUAAUUGAACUCAUUAGGGCUAUGGCUUUUUGUUUUUUAAGCAGCCGCCUUCCUUCUCUGCGUCGAAUAAUCUAUGGGAAGCGUUUAUUAGAGAAGGAGGGGGUAGCGGAGAAACAGUCCAUCAGUUCUUUCAAUGAAAAAGACAGGAUGAGAAUGGUGGGGGGUGGGGUGAGGGAGGAACUUCCAAUACGUGGACCCAGGGCUGGACCGAGGCUUCCCAAAGUUCCAAGGGAAGAGGGACCGGCGUUUGGAAAGUUGCCUAGGGAGAGACCAGGCGGGAGCCAGAAAGAUGACCUCUGUGACACCCCAGUACUCCCAAAUGUGGCCCAUAUCCCCACCAUCCCCCCGGACUUCGACUGGACUCGCCCCUCCAAGCGUCUGAUACUCAUAACGAGAUGGAUUCGGCUAACUUUUAAAAGCAGCAUAUGAGUUGGUUCCAGAGCUUUUCUCCCUGGUGGUGCUGAGAUGGACUAAUUCUCCUUUCGCCAGUUUCCUGGCACCCCUCCCCACCGCGCCCCAUCCCCUGCUGAAGACGCAUAAAGGGUGCCCGCGACCAGCGCUCCCUGUGGACUCCGGGCCUGACCUCACCUCAGGUGGUCUUUUCCCCAGAGGACUGGGGGAGGGUGCCGGCUUUUAGCCUAGGCCCUCGGGCAGCGAGAGAGACGCGCACCUGCGCGCCCUGCGAUAACCCUUCUCCUGGCAGGGAGCCCAAGCUUGCCUGCCCGGGCUGCACGCCCCCAGAGCAAAUUGUUCCCUCUUGCUUCUGGCCCCGCUCCAGUUAUCAGGCCUCCAACUCUGGCCUGCCUUCCCUUAGUUUGUACCACUGGGCGUGGAAGGGUGACGGGUGGGAAGCCGAGGUUGGCGCAGCGCUCCUCUCCUUGCCCUGCCCUGCCUGACCAACAGGCGGCGUCAGAGACCUAGGUCUGGGCUGGGGAGUGGGGUGGGGGGUGCGGACCUGAGCAAGCUAAGCGGAGAAGCUGGGCUCGAGAAGAGCGACCCUCACCCCAAACUUACGAACUUGGCCGGGAAGGGAGUAGGAAGAGCUAGGUGUCUGCGGAAGACCGCAGAGAACGGGAGAGAUCGGACGGGACAGAGUCGCGGCGGAAAACCCGACCGCGAGCGGGAGUGCAGAGGACCGCGGGCGGCGGAGAGCGGCAGAGCCGCCGCGGAGCGCGAGGCAGGAGCGGCGGACCGCGCGCGGACGGCUGAAGACCGCGAGGGCGGCGCAGACAGUCUCCAAGGCUGACCCGGAGGGCUCGGCCCGGGCUUCCCCGGCGGAGGAGAUGGCUUCCAGCCCGCUGCCGGGGCCCAACGACAUCCUGCUGGCAUCGCCGUCGAGCGCCUUCCAGCCCGACGCGCUGAGCCAGCCGCGACCGGGCCACGCCAACCUGAAACCCAACCAGGUGGGCCAGGUGAUCCUCUACGGCAUUCCCAUCGUGUCGCUGGUGAUCGACGGGCAGGAGCGCCUAUGCCUGGCGCAGAUCUCCAACACUCUCCUCAAGAACUUCAGCUACAACGAGAUCCACAACCGCCGCGUGGCACUGGGCAUCACGUGCGUACAGUGCACGCCGGUGCAGCUGGAGAUCCUGCGGCGCGCCGGGGCCAUGCCCAUCUCCUCGCGCCGCUGCGGCAUGAUCACCAAGCGCGAGGCUGAGCGCUUGUGCAAGUCGUUCCUAGGAGAAAACAGGCCGCCCAAGCUGCCCGACAACUUCGCCUUCGACGUUUCGCACGAGUGCGCCUGGGGCUGCCGCGGCAGUUUCAUCCCCGCGCGCUACAACAGCUCGCGCGCCAAGUGCAUCAAAUGCAGCUACUGCAACAUGUACUUCUCGCCCAACAAGUUCAUCUUCCACUCCCACCGCACCCCCGACGCCAAGUACACGCAGCCGGACGCAGCCAACUUCAACUCGUGGCGCCGUCAUCUCAAGCUCACGGACAAGAGCCCCCAGGACGAGCUCGUCUUCGCCUGGGAGGACGUCAAGGCCAUGUUCAACGGCGGGAGCCGAAAGCGCGCGCUGCCCCAGCCCGGCACGCACCCCGCCUGCCACCCUCUCAGCUCGGUCAAGGCGGCCGCGGUGGCGGCGGCCGCGGCGGUGGCCGGGGGCGGGGGGCUCCUGGGCCCGCACCUCCUGGGGGCUCCCCCCCCGCCGCCGCCGCCGCCGCCUCUGGCCGAGCUGGCCGGCGCGCCGCACGCGCCGCAUCACAAGCGGCCGCGCUUCGAGGACGACGACGACUCGCUGCAGGAGGCGGCCGUCGUGGCCGCCGCCAGCCUCUCGGCCGCCGCCGCCGCCAGCCUCUCGGUGGCCGCGGCCUCGGGUGGCGCCGGGGCGGCCGGGGGCGGCCCUGGGGGCGGCUGCGUGACCGGCGCGGGCGCGGCGGCCGGCGCCAAAGGGCCGCGCAGCUACCCGGUCAUCCCGGUGCCCAGCAAGGGCUCGUUCGGGGGCGUGCUGCAGAAGUUCCCGGGCUGCGGGGGCCUCUUCCCACAUCCUUACACCUUCCCAGCCGCCGCCGCCGCCUUCGGCUUGUGCCACAAAAAGGAGGACGCGGGCGCCGCGGCCGAGGCCCUCGGGGGUGCAGGCGGCGCGGGCGCGGCGCCCAAGGCCGGCCUGUCGGGCCUCUUCUGGCCGGCUGGCCGCAAGGACGCCUUCUACCCGCCCUUCUGCAUGUUCUGGCCUCCGCGGACCCCAGGCGGGCUUCCGGUGCCCACGUACCUACAGCCCCCGCCGCAGCCGCCCUCGGCGCUCGGCUGCGCGCUGGGGGAAAGCCCGGCCCUGCUGCGUCAGGCCUUCCUGGACCUGGCCGAGCCCGGCGGCGCGGGCGCAGGCGCGGGCGCCGAAGCGGCGGCCCCGCCGGGUCAGCCCCCUCCGGUCGUGGCCAACGGCCCGGGCUCCGGCCAGCCACCUCCUGCGGGCGGCGCGGGGGCCCGCGACCCACUCUUCGAGUCGCCCCCGGGCGGCGGCGGCGGGGACUGCAGUGCGGGCUCCACGCCCCCGGCCGACCCCGGCUCGGUGGCCGGGGGCGCCGGAGCGGGCCCCGCGGGCGCCCGGGGCCCCGCGGCACCCCACCCUCACCUCCUGGAGGGGCGCAAAGCCGGCGGAGGCAGCUACCACCACUCGAGCGCCUUCCGGCCGGUGGGCGGCAAGGACGACGCGGAGAGCCUGGCCAAGCUGCACGGGGCGUCCGCGGGCGCGCCGCACUCGGCCCCAGCGCACCACCACCACCACCACCACCACCACCACCCGCACCAGCACCACCACCACCACCCGCAGCCGCCGUCGCCGCCGCUGCUGCUGCUGCCGCCGCCGCCCGACGAGCCGGGCUCCGAGCGCCACCACGCGGCCCCGCCGCCGCCGCCCCCGCCGCCCCCGCCGCUGGCCCCGCAGCCGCACCCCCGAGGCCUUCUGUCCCCCGGUGGCACCAGCUGCAGCUACCCCAGCGAGGACAGCUCCGAGGACGAGGACGACGAGGAAGAGGAGCAGGAGGUGGACGUGGAGGGCCACAAGCCCCCCGAGGGCGAGGAGGAGGAGGAGGAGGAAGGUCGAGAGCCGGAGGACGACGACGAGGAAGACGAGGAGACGGGGGUCCUGCUAGGGGACCCCUUGGUCGGCGGCGGCCGAUUCCUCCAGGGCAGAGGGCUGUCGGAGAAGGGGAGCAGCCGGGACCGCCCGCCGGCCGCCGCGGGGGCUUUCCCGCUGGCGCUGAACUCCUCGCGGCUGCUGCAGGAGGACGGGAAACUGGGUGACCUCGGCGGCCCGGACCUGCCCCCGCCGCUGGCCUCGCAGAAACCCAGCGGCGGCCUUGGCAGCAGCCCCGGCAGCCCGGUCCACCAUCCAUCACUGGAGGAGCAGCCCUCCUACAAAGAUAAUCAGAAAACUAAGGAAAAUAAUCAAGUUAUUUUGUCUACAAAGGACGACAACAACUUUUCAGAUAAGAACAAGGAGCAUAGCUUUUUCAUCACAGACUCUGAUGCUUCGGGAGGAGAUUUUUGGAGAGAAAGAUCAGGUGAGCACACACAGGAGACGAAUUCGCCUCAUUCACUCAAAAAGGAUGUAGAAAAUAUGGGGAAAGAAGAACUUCAGAAGGUUUUAUUUGAACAAAUAGAUUUACGGAGACGACUCGAACAAGAAUUCCAAGUGUUAAAAGGAAAUACAUCUUUCCCAGUAUUCAAUAAUUUCCAGGAUCAAAUGAAAAGGGAACUAGCCUACAGAGAAGAAAUGGUGCAACAGUUACAAAUUAUUCCCUAUGCAGCAAGCUUGAUCAGGAAAGAAAAGCUUGGCGCCCAUCUCAGCAAAAGCUAAAAGGUGCACAAAACCACUUCCUCUUGUGCUCUUGUAAGAUACAGCCUGCCCCUGAGCACUUCGGACCCGCACAGAGACUGCAAAUGGAAAGGGCUUGGGAAUCAGAUACAAAAUCAGGUUCGGGAGAACCCAAGGACAAGUGACCUCAAAGCAGCGUGGACAACCAUGUAAAAUAGACUGUAGCGGCCAUUCACUAGUGGGGGGAGGGGGGAGCCAACCAGAGCAGUCAAUGCUUGUCGCAUCUUUUGGUGGAACCAAAGUUCGAGUCUGUGUUUUUAAAGGCCAACCGAACCCAGAGCGUGGGAGUGCUGUUAGCCGACCGGGGUGGGAAACCCAUGGACAGUCCCGGGGGAUCUCAGGGCUGCACACUUGGAGAGAGCAGCUCUACAAGACUGCCUUUUACAUCUGAAGAAGUGAUUCUUGGUGAAAAGACAACAUGAGACCUGUCCUAGGAGCGGGGAUCACGUUUCGACAGCUAGGAUGGCAUCAGCCGUACCAACCUGCUUUUCCUAGCAAACUGGACAGACGUGUGUGGCCCCUUCCUCUCUGGUACUUUGCCUGCUGUAUGAAUGAAGAUUGUAUUCCUCUGGAAAUAUUUUACAGUCUAAUAUUGAGUGUAAUUAAGAAUAUAAUCAUGUUAUCAAAAAUGGUAUUUAACUCUGUUGUAGUUUCUUUAACAUUCA